AUGGCUGAUGGUGGCUCAUAUGAAGGUGCCCCUCCGUCAGGGUACCCUGGUGGUCCUCCUGCAGCCUUACAGGCUGGUGGAUUGCAGAGUCAACAGCCCCAGUACUCGGCUUUUUCAGGAUCCCCAGCCCCUCAGGGAUCGAACCAGGCACCACAAUGCCCUAGUCAGGGAGCUCAAUACUCCGGUGGCCAGGGCCGUCCUGAACCUUCACCUGGACCACCAAGUGGACCGCCGCUAGGCCAGUAUGGCGCACCAGGCGGUGCCCCUCACGCUGCAGUCUCCCCGGCUACCCAGCAGCAGGUCGCAGCUUACCGAUCGCUUUUGAUUUCCACGAUUCAAGAGAAUAAUCUCCAAAGCUUCUACCCCCCGGAGCGACUGGAUCGGCUUGUUCAGACGCUUGCCAUCGAAGCACCGUGCAAGCUCAAUAAGCUGAUUCAGGAAUGGGCCGUGCCUAUGGAGGUUGCAUCAGAUGUCAUGAAGCUCGCGCUGUUCGACGUGAUUCUUUACGUGGAUGACAGUGGAUCCAUCGAAUUCGAAGAGAAGGGACUCCGAAAGGAUCAACUCAGACAGAUCCUCGGCAUCGUCGCUACUGCUGCAUCUACCUUCGACCAGGACGGUAUUUCUAUCCGAUUCAUGAACUCUAGUGAGGUGGGCGAUGGCAUUCGGAAUGCAGAUGAUGUCAACCGUCUAGUUUCCCGAGUCCGUUUCUCGGGUCUGACCCCCCUGGGCACCAACCUGAAGACCAAGGUCAUCGACCCGAUGGUCGUUCAACCCGCCCAGGCCAACCGUCUCGAGAAGCCCGUGCUGGUGAUCACCAUAACCGACGGACAGCCUGCCGGUGAGCCUCUCGGUGCCGUGAGUGAUGUCAUUCGUUACGCAGUGGAGGAGACCACGCGGACCCGUCAUGGCCCCAGCUCCGUAUCCUUCCAAUUUUCGCAGGUGGGAACUGAUCAGCGGGCUCGCGAUUUCUUGGGCUCUCUGGACCAGGACCCUCAUAUUGGCCACCUGAUUGACUGUACCUCCAACUUCGAGGUUGAGCAGGAUGAGAUGUCCCGUGCUAACCCGCCCGUGCAUCUCACUCGCGAGCUUUGGUGUGCCAAACUAAUGCUCGGCGCUAUCGAUUCCUCCUACGACACCAAGGAUGAGCGAGACAACCAACGUCGUGGUGGACCUCCACCUGCAUCGGUAAGCCAGUACGGAGGAGGCUACGGUCAACCUUCGCCAUCCCAGGGCCAAGCUCAGCCUCCUUAUGGUCCGCCCCCUGAUGCCCCGCCGACUUCGUACGGUUCCCAGUCCGGCUACCCACUCCAGGGUGGUCAAUGCCAACAGCAACUUCCUCAGCAGCCCCCCUGCCCGGGAUCGCGUGGAUAUGGCCAACAGCAACAGCAACAGCAACCAUAUGGGUAUGGUUCACAGCCUGGAUCUGGCUACCAGUAUGGUGGACAGCCACGUUAUUGA